UUUCCUAUUCCUAUAAAUUGAUCAAUCCACCACCACCAUUCCAUAAUUGCGCCAUUCAAAUUAUAAACCAAACAAUCAUAGUCUAAAUUCCACUAAAUUUUGUGAUAUCAAUUAUUCAAAGAGAGGCCAAAAUGGAGUCUAAGGGGUACAUCUUGAUGAAGCUUCUGCUGCUUAUGAAUUUGUCAGUUUUCUGUGUUUCACAGGACUUUGAUUUCUUCUACUUUGUUCAGCAGUGGCCGGGAUCAUACUGUGACACACAGAAGAGUUGUUGCUACCCAACAACUGGUAAGCCUGCUGCAGAUUUUGGCAUUCAUGGGCUCUGGCCUAAUUACAGAAGUGGCUCUUACCCUUCUAACUGUGAUUCUAGCAAUCGUUUUCAGCAAUCUCAGAUAUCAGACCUCACCAGCAGCUUACAGAGGAAUUGGCCCACACUAGCAUGCCCAAGUAGCAGUGGAAUACAGUUCUGGACCCAUGAAUGGGAGAAACAUGGCACUUGCUCAGAGUCAAUCCUCAAGCAACAUGACUAUUUUGAAGCAGCUCUUAACCUGAAGCAGAGAGCCAACCUCCUCCAAGCUCUAACAAGUGCCGGAAUACAACCAGAUGGAGGGUCUUACAGCCUGAGCAGCAUCAAGGGAGCUAUAAAAGAAGCAAUUGGGUAUACUCCAUUUGUUGAAUGUAACGUGGACUCUUCAAGUAACAGCCAGCUUUACCAAGUUUACUUGUGUGUGGACACCUCUGGCUCAGACUUUAUUGAGUGCCCUGUGUUUCCUAGUGGCAGAUGUGGAUCGGAGAUUGAGUUCCCAUCUUUCUAAUGCCAGGGAUUGAGUAGAGUUCUGUAGGAUCAUCUUCCUCUUCAUGUUCAUUUGCUGAUAUUUGCUUACAAUAAUAUUGUACUCCACUUGUCCUUUUCAUAACCAGUUG